UCUAAUAUCUAGCUUGAUGUGGUCUCGAACUACUGGAGUGGGUGUGUCCCUAGGGUGUGUCCUAGGAGCAGUAUGUUCUAUUUCCUGUUGGCUCAUUCAUGCUUCAACAUACCCUGGCGGACUCUCUGAUUUUAUAGCAAACACAGGUCGAGGUUUGCCUAUGUUGACCGGGAAUGUAAUUGCUAUAAUAGCUGGAGGUGUUAUCUGUUCUACUGUCAGCUUCUUCACCUCUACUCCAGAAACUGAUCAAGUAGAUUGGAAUGAGACUAGAGACAUAGACAAUCCUCUUAAACCAUGGACACAGAUAUACAAGACAGAAUUGAAUCUGAAACCUACCGGAAGAUACCAUGAUCGUCCUUCACUCGAGACGUUUGAGGAAGUUUAUGGUCAAGAGAAACGGAUAGCUUGGAUCCUGGGUGGAGGAAUAUCUUUUAUUAUGGUUUUUGUCUGGCCACUGCUUAUGCUUGAAUCAGUAGUGCAAGAUCAAUUACGGUUUCUGGUGUGGACUGGUGUCUCACAGGCCUGGACUUUCGGAGCCACAUUCUACAUCAUUGUUGUACCUUUUGUAGAGGAGGUAAUUGAGGUUUAUGGACAGUAUAAGAAGAAAAAAGAAGAGAAUCGAGCCGGAGUUAUUACUCCGUUCAUAAACUGAAUUCACGAACGAGCUAUUAUUUCUUGUUUCAUGAAAUAUAAGAUAUAACAGUGAA